AGUGUUCUGAGCCUAAGAUAUAAAAAGGGGCGUCCCUCCUUUCCCGGUCUCACUCGACUUUUAUCGGCACGUCCUUACGUUCUCCUGUUCUCCACAUAAGGACAAAAGUUACUUCGUGAAAAUGUCGGAUGAGGGUAAGCUGUUCAUCGGAGGUCUUAGCUUCGAGACCAACGAAGAUUCUUUGGCUGCAGCUUUCGGCAAAUACGGAACCAUCGAAAAAGUUGACGUGAUCAGAGACAAAGAGACCGGAAGAUCUCGUGGCUUUGGCUUUGUGAAAUACGACAAUGUUGAGGAUGCUAAAGAUGCUCUGGAUGCCAUGAACGGAAAGACACUUGACGGUCGGGCAAUUCGAGUUGAUGAGGCAGGAAAGGGUGGUCGCUCCAGAGGAGGCUUUAGCUCUGGUCCACGUGGGGGCAGAUUCAACUCAGGUGGCCGUGGGGGAAGGGGACGUGGCUUCUCCAGGGGUGGUGGCAGCUACGGCGACAGAAGCUACGGUGACAGAAGCUAUGGCGACAGGAGCUUCGGUGGUGGAGACAGAAGCUUUGGCGGCGGCGGUGGCGGUGGAUACAGAAGUGGAGGAUAUUCUUCAGGUGGCUACAGGGACAACAGGGGACAGGGUGGAUAUGGUGACCGCUCUGGAUCCUAUCGUGACAGCUAUGACAGCUAUGCGACACACGAGUAAACCUCCCUGAUUCAAGAUUCAUCACUUGGCUGGCCGUAUUUGAAAGCUGUGCUCCUCAAGGAAAAAAAAAAACAUGUCCACAUGUAUUAUGUAGUUCUGUUGUAGAAGCUUGGCAUCUGACUUAAAUGUAGCCAUGAGUUUUGGUUAUUUCUCAACCAUGUUACAAAUUAAAAUUCAGUAGUCUUGCUCAAUUGACCACUCCCAUCGUUCAAAACAUCUGUAUGAUCUCACUACUGUACGUCCCCUUUUAUUAACGUGGGGAUAAAGCGGCUAUCCACAUUGCUUUCUGUCGAUCAGUUAAUCAGCUAAUUUCUUUUGUCCAGCACUUUAAAGUGUUUUGUUUUUUAUAAGAUCUUAAAUGGGGCUUUUUUUUUGUUAUCCUUGUUGAUAAACUGACCUACCUCCUACCAAAUCUUUAAACUGAGGAAAGAACAACUAGCAUCCUCAGAUUAACCUUUGGGGGAUUUUAUUGUUAAAUUUCUUAAACUAUUGAGAACCUUAGCUUACCCAAGGCUCAUUUUGUGUUCAAUCUCCCAAAAGAGUGAAUUCCUGGUGAACUACACAUCCGAAGUGGCCGGCUGUUCAUGAAGUUGCAAAAUGCAGCAUGCUACAGUCCGCCCAAGGUAUCUUCUGUGCUCUGCUCAACAUCUGCAUCUUAAAUGUGCUGUAAAUGGACUCUCUUGUUUAAAGUGAUCAGAAAAUGUAACUUCGUUACCAGAGUAAACUGAACGGGAACAGUUUUUUUGUACUUUAUGUUCUUUGUAUGAUCCAAGAUUUUUUUUUUUCUUUGUCAGUUUGGCUUCAUGGAGCCUAUUAAAACAAUGUGAAAUAA